GGGGGGGGGGGGGGCGGGGCCUCAGGUCUGGCCUUGCUUUAGAUUUGCAGCGUGGCAGCACCUUCCACUUCUGCGAUGCCUUGGAUGGGCAGCUACGGGGCAGCGUGGAGCUGUCAGCCCCAGGACAGGCAAAGAUCGCAGGCGGGGCCUCGGUGUCUGACAGCUCCAGCACCUCAAUACAUGUGUACUCGCUGAGUGUGGACCCGAACACCUGGCAGACCCUGCUCCAUGAGAGGCACCUGCGGCAGCCGGAGCACAAAAUCCUGCAGGAGCUGCGGAGCCGCGGGGACAACGUGUAUGUGGUGACGGAGGUGCUGCAGACACAGAAGGAGGUGGAAAUCACACGGACCCACAAGCGGGAGGGUUUGGGCCAGUUUUCCCUGCCCGGAGCCAUGUGCUUGAAGGGUGAGGGCCAGGGCCACCUGAGCCAGAAGAAGACGGUCACCAUCCCCUCAGGCAGCAUCCUCGCAUUCCGAGUGGCCCAGCUGGUUAUUAACUCUGACUUGGACAUCCUUCUCUUCCCGGAUAAGAAGCAGAGGACCUUCCAGCCACCCCCGACAGGCCACAAGCCUUCCAGGAGUGUAGUCGCCUGGCCACAGCUGCUGCCAGGCCUCUCCAUGAUGGGGUACCUCCCCAGCUUCUUGGCAGAUGGGGUCCCUGUGGAGGAGACGUUCACUGAAGACUUCCAGGGCCUAAGGGCAGAGGUGGAGGCCAUCUCCAAGGAACUGGAGCUCUUGGACAGAGAGCUGUGCCAGCUGCUGCUGGAGGGCCUGGAGGGGGUGCUGCGGGACCAGCUGGCCCUGCGAGCCUUGGAGGAGGCGCUGGAGCAGGGCCCGAGCCUUGGGCCAGUGGAGCCCCUGGACGGUCCAGCAGGUGCUGUCCUGGAGUGCCUGGUGUUGGAAUCCAGAAUGCUGGUGCCAGAACUUGCCGUCCCCAUUGUCUACCUGCUGGGGGCACUGACCACGCUGAGUGAAACGCAGCACGAGCUGCUGGCGGAGGCGCUGGAGUCGCACACACUGUUGGGGCCGCUCGAGCUGGUGGGCAGCCUCUUGGAGCAGAGUGCCCCGUGGCAGGAGCGCAGCACCAUGUCCCUGCCCCCCGGGCUCCUGGGGAGCAGCUGGGGUGAAGGGGCACCGGCCUGGGUCUUGCUGGAGGAGUGUGGCCUGGAGCUGGGGGAGGACACUCCCUACGUGUGCUGGGAGCCGCAGGCCCAGGGCCGCAUGUGUGCACUCUACGCCUCCCUAGCACUGCUAUCAGGACUGAGCCAAGAGCCCCACUAGCCUGUGCCCAGCAUGGCCUGGCAACUCUCCAGCAGGGCAGAGUGUUUGCCCACCAGCUGCCAGCCCUAGGAAGGCCGGAAGCCCAGCAGCCACGUGGCCAGUCUGCCAUGGGGCCCAGGAGCUGGGGCAGCACAGUAAAGUGGUGUACGAAGGAAA